UCCUUGUGGAUUGGAGCCGGGAGAGAGAAAACUCUGUUACUCACUCCGUCUCCAACUUUGAGAGGAAGUUACCACCUCUUCCCUAGACUCUGUACACACAUACACACACGCUCAGGCAGGCAGACACACACGCUCUUCAGGACUUGACCGCAGCAGCAACAGGGAAUCAACUGAAACAGUCAGGACUGCUUGUAAAGCUGUUUGUUUCAAAAUUUGGAGGGAAAGACGGCUGACAUUUGCAGUUUGCUUUCAAAUUUCUGUGUGGACUGAAGAAUUUAAGAGGGACGUUUCUUAUCAACACAAACCGCCUGUGGACCAAAGAUCACAGCAACAGAGAGACAGAGAGAGAGGAGCCUGAUCAUUUCGAGUCUGAUCACCAACUUCUGAUUACACCAUGAGCUGGGACUGAGGACACGCUUCUAAGUUUCAUUUUGUGAGUGAAGAAAGCUAAAGUUCAUCAUGGAUGUGAAGAGGAAAGAAAUGGACCUUAUAAGCAACAGCAUAGCAGCCUAUGCACAUAUCAAAGCAAACCCGGAGAGUUUCGGCCUUUAUUUCGUGCUGGGGGUGUGUUUCGGCCUGGUGCUAACCCUCUGCCUCCUGGUCAUCCGCAUCUCCUGCAAACCCCGGACCAACAUCCCGACCCCCUCCACGCCUGAGAAGAAACAAUUAAAGGACAUCAGUGAGGAAGAUGAGGAGAGUGAGGAUGAUGACGACGACAUGGGGGAUGAUGUAGAGGCACCUUUACCAUUGCCCAGCACAGAAAUCCCUGUUGGUAAUCACACCAGCCAGAUAGAUGGGACUCUCAGCGUGAAUGUGUUUACAUCAGCGGAGGAGCUGGAGAGGGCACAGCGACUGGAGGAGAGAGAAAGAAUCAUACGUGAGAUCUGGAGGAACGGUCAGCCUGAUAUUCUUGGGUCAGGAACAGGGACAGGGACUAUUGGAAGAGUGCAUUACUACUAAGAUACACAAGGUUUGAAGGGAAACACUGUGAGCUCUUUGGAGGGCAGACAAAGACCUUUGGGUGGGCAAAAAGUCACUGAAGCCUGAGAGACUUGAGAUUCUGUGUUAAAUACACCAAACAUCAUGCAAAAUGGACAGCAGUGAUGUGACAGUGAUGUGCCAAAGCCUGGCAGUGACAGAGCCAAGCAAUCUGAUGUUGCACUUCCUAUGUAGCAAUGUUAUUGUUACUGAGUACAUGAAAUUAAACCAAGAGAUGUCUUAAAACCUGACUAAUCCAUAUGGAGAAGAUGCAGUAUGAAUGUGAGAACACGUAAUGACAAAAAUGCACACAAUGUAUCAUGUUAUGUAUGUAAAUGGAAAAAAACAGCAUGUGUAAGGAUGAUAUUUACAUGUACUGUAUGUUGCAAAGCAGAUUAUGUGUUCGGAGGACUUGUGAGUUUGUGGGGAAAAUCUCCUGAAAUGUAUCCAAGAAAACACCCUCAGGUUUGCUGUUAAAGGAAAUUACAUUCUUUUCGAGAGAACAUAUCCAUUCUUUUUUUGUUGUUGUUGGGAGGGGGGGCAGAUUACAUGUAGCCUACAGUAAAAUGUAAAGACAAUUAAAAUUGGAGUCUGUGUUUCAUCAGUCUA